AUGUUUGGAAUCGAUAUCAAGGAGAAAAGGGAGAGGAAGGAACAAGUGUCAGAAAACGCCUGUUACACCAAGGGCAACUACUGUGCUCAGCUCGCCCGGAUCCAGCCUCAGAUCGGGGCCCUGGAGGAGCAACUGUACCAGGUCAGGACUGAGACCGAGGGCCAGAAACUGCAGUAUGAGCAGCCCCUCAACAUCAAGGUCCACCUGGAAAAGGAAGCUGGGACCUACUUUCUCCUCAUCGAUGGAGAUGAUGGAGCUUGCAAGUCUGGAGGUUACAAGUCGAAAGACUAUGGACCUGGAAAUGUGGGAAACCAAAUUAGUGGUUAAGAGAGGUCCUGAGGAGGUUAGACCAAUGCAGCAAAAUACUUACACCAGGCUGCACUCCGUGGCAGAGAGAUCUCAAAGCAAUUAAUGU